AUCAUCUACAACAAAUGCAAUCUCUUCUGCUCGACUCUAUGAAUAUCAUACAUGUGAGAAAUGUUCAUUUAUUAAAGUAUUUACUUUAGCCGAAUCCUCUCCAGCAAGCUGAUUGUGCGUCUUUAUUGAAGGAAACAGAAGCCAGCAAGAUGCUCUUAAAGCAGGGAUGGAAAAAGUUACACUGCAUAUGUGUAAUGCAUUUUUUUUUGUGUGAAAAUGAGAAAUUCUGCCUUUCGUUCACAUCCCUCUCUAGUGCUUUUUUUUUUUAUUGUUGUGGAAAUGUUCCGUUAAGUAGCUUUGAAGUUAUUUCCUGUUGCAAAAUACAAUCGUUUCCUGAGAGAAAUGCAAACCCACAUUUUCAGCGUGCGCAUGUACGCACAAGCGUGCGCCUCAUAAAGACGGAGGAAGGCUGCGAAGCACCAGAUCAGAAAGGUUAGAGGUUAGACAGACUGGCUGUCGGUUUUGGAAGGCAGGGUGAAAAAGAGAGAAGAAGAAAGAAAGAAAGAGACAAAAAAGAGAGAGAGAGAAAAACCAAAAUAUCUGAAGCAAAAAGCUUCCAUGAGGAGGUAUUUGAGAGGCAAGGCUGGGGAAAACUGCUGUACCUGUGCAGCUCUCUGUGCAGAAGACAAAAAGGCUCGCCUGCAGGAAGAAAGCGGAGACAAACAGAACAACGCUGGCACUUAGCAACAGAGCAAGAAGCACACUCGGAGGCAAGCAGUGAUGGAGAACCUGGCGGUCUACCAUGGACCCAUCGGCAAGGAGGAGGGCGAGAGGCGGCUGGGCCAGGACGGGAGGGACGGGUGUUACUUAGUACGUGACAGCGACUCUGUGCCAGGAGUCUUCUGCCUGUGUGUGCUGUGCAAGGGAUUCGUCUACACGUACAGACUCCACAAGGACGAGGCGGGCUCGUGGGCUGCAGAAACAAGCCCCGGCGUGCCGAAGCGCUACUUCCGGCAAAUCAAGAACCUGAUAGCAGCCUUCCAGAAGCGGGGACAGGGACUUGCCAUGCCUCUGCUCUACCCCGUGACGGCUCAGAGGCGGGCGCAGACGCACACGGAGCCCCAGACGCCCGGUAACGGCCUCUCGCCGACGCUCGGCACCCACAGCCCCCGUCUGCAGCAGCCGACGACGCCCGGCGCUCGGGACCGGAAAAACGGCAGCAAGAAGGAGGUGGCACAAGCUUUUGGUUAGAGGGAGGAAAAAAAAAAAAAAAAAGCACUCAACACGCACCUAAUUAUGAACUUCUUUGCAUGAUACCCACUGUUUGUACUCUCCAAACUUUUUUUUUUUUUU